AAGUCGCAUUGAUUUUGAAUUGAUAGAAAAUAUAUCUUUACGUUGCCCUCUGUCGGUUAAACGCCGAACAUCUUCCGGAUAUGGACUGCACCAUGACCCUGGAAGUUCUUUCAUUUUAGCUGAAUAACGAAAAUGGGCAUGUUACUCCCGACCCCCGUAUCAUGAACCACAUCCCCGUUAAACAGGACCAUUCUUCUAGGACGGGGACAGCUUUGCGACACGGGACCGCAACAGAGCUCCUCCGAUGUCUGGUUCCCUGAGCCGUUUUGGAGAGUAGACGGAGACCCGAGGUAACGAGGACACGGAGCAGCUUCUCUUCCGAAUGGUCUUAGCUCUCGGCUAGCGGAGGCUAACGGAGCCACAACAAACCAUCACGCAGCCCACAGGAAUCCGACGAUAGUGUAGUCGCAGUAUCCUCCAGGAAAGCCGGACAGGGGUGUUUGUAAAGGGACCCUCACCAAAUCACAUUUUCGGCGACUGUUACGUCCACCAAGCGACGAGCGUUACUGGUAACCCGUCUCUCAUUAGUGGUAACUCGUCUCGUUACUGGUAACCCAUCUCUCGGUGUGUCUCUGAUGCUAGCUUUUAGCUAGUGAUGGUAGCCGUGAGCGUUAGCUGUGUAUACUGGCUAGCUUUGUGUACGCAGCAUUGCUCAUUAUUCUCACUGUGUCAUGUGAAUGUCAGUGCUAAUGCCAGGUGCUGUGGGAUAACGCCGUAAGAGUCGAAGAUCCGGGUUUCUAAUGGAAAACCUAAACCAAAUUGGCUCUUUUGCAGGAGUGGACCGGUCCGCUAGCGACAGGGGCUCCAGCGUCCCUCGCCUUCAGCUCCCCCUGCGAUGACAUCACAGCAGCCUCCCCUCCCCAACGCCAACGUCAGCGCCGCCCCCAUCGCCCCGCACUGCUCCAACGCCCCCAACCUCCACCACGCCCUCCCCCUGGACUCCAGCCCCGCCCCCCAGCCCCUCCCCCAGCGGCCGCCGACGGACAGACGCACGGGCUCCGACAGACUCGCCCCCCCCGCCCCCUCCUGCUCGCACACUGGCUCCGCCUCUUCGCGGCGGCCGGUGGCUGGCACCUUGGAGCCGUGGCCGGAGGAGGCGGCGGACGGCUCCUACGGGCUGUACUCACUGCACCGCAUGUUCGACAUCGUGGGCGCGCAGCUCACGCACCGCGACGUGCGCGUGCUGAGCUUCCUGUUCGUGGACGUCAUCGACGAGUACGAGCGCGGCGGCAUCCGCAGCGGGCGGGACUUCCUGUUGGCCCUGGAGCGCCAGGGCCGCUGCGACGAGACCAACUUCCGGCACGUUCUGCAGCUGCUGCGGAUCAUCACACGGCACGACCUGCUGCCGUACGUCACGCUACGCAAGCGGCAGGCCGUGUGUCCGGACCCGGUGGAUAAGUACCUGGAGGAGACCUCUGUGCGUUACGUCUCCCCUCGGGGCGCGGCCCAGGGACUGGGCCAUCUGCCUCACAGAAGUACAGGAACUCAGCCCGUGAUUUGCUGCUCCCCGUCGGGGCGACAGGUGGGCACGCCCCAGACCAAGCCAGCCCCGCCCACUUCUAGCCGCAAGAGGAAGAGGAGCCACUCUACGGCCGAGUGCCGAGAGAAGCAGACCUGUGAUAUCCGCCUGCGGGUACGCGCCGAGUACUGCCAGCACGAGUCUGCGCUGCAGGGCAACGUGUUCUCCAACAAGCAGGAGGCGCUGGAGCGGCAGUUCGAGCGCUUCAACCAGGCCAACACCAUCCUGAAGUCCCGCGACCUCGGCUCCAUCAUCUGUGACAUCAAGUUCUCGGAGCUCACCUAUCUGGACGCCUUCUGGCGGGACUACAUCAACGGCUCUCUGCUGGAGGCGCUAAAGGGCGUGUUCAUCACGGACUCCCUCAAGCAGGCGGUGGGCCACGAGGCCAUCAAGCUGCUGGUGAACGUGGACGAGGAGGACUACCAGGCCGGCCGCCGCAAGCUGCUGAGGAACCUGGUGGCCGGGGGGGGCGGGGCCGGGAAGGAGCCCUAGGCUGGAGGAUGCUCGUCGCGGGACGCAGUAGUGUGGGUGAGCGGGGGGGGACCUCUGCGAGUGCCCGCCCCCUGACCCACCCGGGGGGGCUCCAGACCAGACGUUGGGCGGUGGAGCUCGAUGACGGGGGCUAGGGAGGAGAGCGAGGGACUCCUUACGGACGGCGCUGUUGUGUUACGCCACACAGGACGACAAUGCCACUCAGGCGAACAGCGCAUCCAGGUUGACAUCGUUCCGUUACCGCGGCAACCAGGACGGCCGAUAUAGAAACUUCGGUGUUGGAAUACAAAUGAAGGAAAAGAAAGCAAGUGUACGCUCCGUAUUUAUCACUGAGAACGACGGCCUACCGACGGCCUACCGACGGCCUACCGACGGCCUACCGACGGCCUACCGACGGCCCUUGCAUACGGCGGCCGUCAGUGUCUACAAGUCACGUCUGGAGUAGUAGUACCUUCUUGUAAAUACUACUGCCAUCUUUUGUGGAUCCUCUUCUUUGCGUUGUUGUAUGAAGUGCAGUCAGGUUUGAUUGGAGGUUUACUGUCUAGUCUGGAAUGGAGUAGGCACUGCUUACCCGCUUAUUCACAUUGUUCUAUUCCUGCCAAACGUGGAGCCGACUAGCACCACAUUUUGUACUUUUCUUUCUCGUCUGUGUAGAACUCAUUACCUUUUAGCUGAUUUUAUGGUUAGCUAAUUUUUCGACGUCAUCUGACCUAACUACUUGGUAUCUCCUCCUCCCCAUUCCCCCCCAAAUAAUGUGCUCACAAGUGGCCAAAAUGUCAAAUUUGGUGUGUGUGUGUGUGUGUGUGUGUGUGUGUGUGUGUGUGUGUGUGUGUGUGUGUGUGUGUGUGUGUGUGUGUGUGUGUGUGUGUGUGUGUGUGUGUGUGUGUGUGUGUCACUCAAUGAGACAUAACAGAUACAUCGAAGGAAUUCUUGCAUUGAGGAUUGAAAAAAGCAUGGAGCUUCACUAUCAGUUUGUAUUUCGUAGGCUUGCUUUGGACAACGGAUUGAUCACCUUAAAUUGUAAUAUAACUCAAGCACGUAGCUACAUUUUAUUUUUAAUCACAGAAAUGCUGCCAACAAACUACUAUCUUGAUCCAUCAGAUGUAAGCUUUUCUCUCUUUCAAUUGAACUAUUUGUCCCCAUUUAAAUCUCGAUUCGGAAAUCCUGAUAUUUGGACGCUAACAGAUGUUUUUUGUAAUACCGAACAACGUACAAUAGUAAACCCCGGGUCCACCUGCGGCUCAUAGUCCCAGUCUGACCAGACAGAUCUGUCCUUUAUACCACAUUUACAAAUGUUUAAGCUCGCAUCGAUGCUAAUGUACCAAAACAAAGAUUUAUUUUAAUAUUUUAGGAAGUGGAUUUUCAUUUAAUGCAAUGACAGUAUUAGGGGGGUGUUCUGGUUUGGUAUGUGUGCAGAAUAAAACCAUGUUGAUCACCACCUGUUUGUCUCAGAGGUUUGACAACACUCAGCGUAACGAUUGGAGCUCUGCUCUUCAAUGACGGCGACACUCAACAGAGAAAGAAGGUUUUUGAGUUUGUUAACCAAUGAGAAUGGGCCAAUACAGGCGUAUGAUUAAUGCACAGAUGGGGAUUGGAUGUGGUAUAGCGAUACUUGCCGAUAUCUACAUUGAUUUACUUGUAGAUAUAAAGGACCAAGCAUUCAAAUUAGACCAUUCCUCCACAAUCAGUCUUUUACAAUGAUCAAGUGGAAUAAAUUCAUACCACAUAUUACUGUACACAUAUUUGCUGCAUUAGCAAGCAAAUUAUAUUCACAAUCUGUGAAUGAUGAGUAUGUUUCAUGGGUGACGUAUUUAGAAUGUAAUGGAUGCUCUGAGUGUUGGUUUACCAGUUGAGGGAGAUUCUGUAUUGAUCUGCAUCUCUUCCUGUUCUUGAUUUAAUCUUACUGUUCUUUGUUCACUGGGCUUUCUUCACCUGGCGGCCAUCAGUCACAUCCCAGCUAGAGUUUAGAACAAGACUGAACUAAGAUGGCUGCUGGGUGAAUUUGGCCCUUGGCUGCAGGUUGUGACAUGUCCUCAAUAACCAUAGCAUGUAUGUGCCAUCCACCCCCACUGGUUUUGGCUCUUAUCUCCUAAUAUCUCCUUGUUUUUGCACCCAUCUAAAUGGUCAUAAUUUCUCAAACAAAAUUAAUUUUAUUUUUUUUGUAUGAUAUGGCUCGCUCAUCAUUAUCUAAUAAGUGAAUUAUCAGAAGACGCCUUAAGAUUACAAGGCCAUUGUUACUGUGAAUUGUUUAGGCCAAGGUUGAUGCUUUUCCCAGUGGAUUCUCCAAGGUUACGAACUAGUAUCUAUUAUAUAGGUGGCUUUAUCUUCUGAUUAUGUCUUUUGUAUAGUUUUACGCAUCUUUCUUCUUUACACUUAACACUCGCAUGCAAGACGUGCUGAGGUCCAUAAGUCCUCCUGAGUGGCUGGCAAUUUUGGCAGAUCGAAAAUGGAUGAAGUGGAUUUGGUCCUUGUUUUUAAUUGGCCGCUGUUCCAAUUGUUCUGUUCAGAUGAAGGGUAGGGGGGGGGGGGGUACCACUCUAAAGUUACUGGCCAAUUAUGAACUGAAGGCAUACAAAAAAUAAAUGUUUCCAUUACUUUCAAUUCCAUGUAAUAUUAAUUGAAAGCUCCCUCAACUGUAGAAAAACCCCUUGGUCUCCUUCAAUAAGCCAUGGAAGUGGUGCCCACUUCAACCUAUGACAUUCUCAUUGUUUUCCUUUUAUUUGUGUCUACCAAGAAUCAGAUAUGUGCUAAAACGUGAAUAUUUACAUGGUUAUAGUUGACUGGUACAUUUUGUCUGUACAAAUCGAUUUGUUAAAGAUCAAUAAAAUAAUGUAUACUCAAACCUUGACGGCAGUAAUUGAUCAAGAUUAACUCUGUUUUAAUUUUCUUUUACCUGCCAGCAGUCUCAAUAGAACUUUGCAACAUGUAAAGAAGCCCGUCAGGAGAGCCCCCAGCACACACAGCAGGAACAACAUGACGUCCAGGCUGUGGUACGAGUACCACGGCAUCAUAUAGGACUCUGUGCGCAGGUGGGACGCGCCUUUAUGCCUCAUCACAAACUCUG